AUGGUUGUAGAGAAAAAGAGGUUCUUUAAAAUGGAGUUGACUCCAGAGCCGGAGACAUCUUUGUUUGUAGAUCAGAACUCAGAGAAUGAAGAAGAGUUGCAACAAGUUUCCUCUGGUCAUGAGAAAAUUAAAACACAGUCAACUAGUCCAGAACCAAUUACUGUCGAAUCUAGCACUGAAGAAACAGUGAAAUCUAGUAUUGAAGAAGUAGUAGCGAGAAAUAAUCAUAGUAGAGAUGACUCAAAUGAGGACACUAGCUAUGAGGUUCCACGAUCUCAGCUUCACGAUCUCAUAAUGCCACUUAAGAAAUCGAUUCCAUUGAAGAGAAAAGCUACUUCUUUCUCUCCGUUCCCUCAGCAGGGGUCUCCUGACAUAAAAUGGACUAGAUUUAUAGGUGAGUUGGCUUUACAAGGUUGGGCAACAAGACCAACAGCUAGACCACUUCGAUAUCAGGAAAACUUAGAAGUUAAGCGACUCGUGCCUAAGAAGAUGACUUUCGGAAGGUCGAAUAAUAGUAAUAAGGCAGCAAAGUUUGGGGAUUCUGCAGUAAUUAGGCUAUUUUCAACUGAAUCAGGUGGUCUGACUGGAAGAGAAAUUGGUAGACUUCCUACUGAUAUAACUGACAUCAUAUCUCCUCUCAUUGACCUCAAGAUACUUGAAUGUACGGCAAAUGUGAUAUUGGAAACAGAAUCCAGAUUAUCAAUUGGUGACUCAUUCUAUUUGCAAAUAAGUUUCCAUCUUACCCUGGAAGCAUUCAACCAAGCUAGUCAAAAUGAUUCAAUGGUACUGCUUCCGAAUCUAAAACAAGAAAUGCUGAAUGGAGCAGAGGAAGUUACUAAAAGUAAUUGGAACUAUGCGGUAGAAUCGAGUCAAGAAUCAGCUCUAAGGUUACGGCAGUCAUCUCUAGUGAGACUCUUUGACAAAUUAAACUUAAAACCUGAUAGAAAAGGAGAUGGUACUAGCAGUGAAGAUGAUUGCAUAGAAAUAGACGACGACGAAGGAAAAGAUGAAUCAAAUCCUCAGCCAAUUGAUCAGUUGAACGUGGAUCAGCUCAAGCAAUUUUAUCAAACAAACCAACAGUCGGAACUUUUAGAUGGUCUUCCUGAAACUACAAAACCUCCUUCGGAAAAUUUCAAGAUGGAAUUAAGACCAUAUCAGAAGAAGGGACUCUCGUGGAUGUUAGCUAGAGAGAAAGAACUUGGAGUAUUAGAGGAAUUAUCAUCGCUGGACGAUAAUUCCUUACCUAAAUUAUCCUCAGAAACCAAACAGGUGUUGAACGACGAAGGUAUGAUGAAUCCAUUGUGGAAAACUUAUAUGUGGCCAAAGAAAACAACUUCGACGUCACAAAGCGAAGAAGAAUACUUUUAUGCUAAUAUGUACAGUGGAGAAUUAUCGAUCACGAAGCCAAUUAUCAAAUCCUUAGUUAGAGGUGGAAUAUUAGCAGACGAAAUGGGACUCGGUAAAACAAUAUCUACUCUUUCCUUGAUAAACUCCGUUCCCCUCGAUAUGAGGUUAUCCUUUGAAGAAGAAAGCAGCAAUAGAUAUGCUUCAAACUCAAGUCUUAUUGUUGUACCCAUGUCAUUACUUUCUCAAUGGCAAAGUGAAUUUGAAAAGGCAAACAAUAAUCCAAACCAUAGAUGCAUUGUAUACUAUGGAGAUCAAACUGUAAAAGAUUUAAAGCCAUCAUUGUGUCAACAUCGGAAUAAGAAUAUUCCUAUCGUGGUUUUAACAACUUAUGGUACCAUACUUAAAGAAUACAUUAAGUCACUUUUGCGUAAGGACUCAAGCGGUAACUUACCUAAGACAGGAAUCUAUUCAGUAAAAUUCUUUCGAGUAAUUCUUGAUGAAGGUCACACUAUUAGAAAUCGUUCUGCUAAGACGACAAAAGCAAUUUACGAAAUUGCCCUGAGUAGAAAAUGGGUUUUGACUGGGACUCCUGUUAUUAAUAGACUCGAUGACUUGUACUCCAUAGUUAAAUUCUUAGAAUUGGAACCUUGGAGUAAUUUUUCCUACUGGAAAACAUUUGUCACUUUACCUUUUGAACAAAAAAAGAUUGGUCAAACUCUCGAUGUUGUGAAAUCGAUUUUGGAACCAAUUUUUUUGAGGAGAACUAAGAAUAUGAAGCAGAAAGAUGGGCAGCCUUUAGUUGUAUUGCCUCCAAAGGAAAUUACAAUUGAAGAAAUUGAGUUUAAUGAAAAGGAACAGAAAUUGUAUGACUGGUUUAAAAGUAGAGCUGCAAAAACAUUUCGAGAAGGUUUGGCGACUGGUGAACUUUUAAAGAAGUAUACUCAAAUAUUAACUCAUAUUCUUAGAUUGAGGCAAGUCUGUUGUCAUAUGGACCUUGUUGGUUCUGCGAACGAGAUGAAAUUAGAAGAUGAAGAGGAAAUGGGAGCGGAUGCCGAAGGAGACGCUCCCAUUGAUGGAGUUCGGAUGAAGGAAAUUGAUAAAGAAAUCGAAACCGAAGGGGAUAGAGAUACUUACUCCGAGGAAGAAAUCAAUGUCUUGUCAGCUUCUUUAGCUGCUACCUUGAAUUUUACAGAGACUGAAUGCUCUAUUUGCACGCUGUCUCCAGUCCCUGUUAACGAGAUGGGAGUGACUGGAUGUGGUCACAUCUUUUGCAUUAAUUGUAUACUAGAACAUAUUGCAUUUCAAACUAAAAACAAGAGGCCCGCCACGUGUCCAAACUGCCGAGAACCAAUCUCAAAAUAUAAACUAUUCAAGGUUAAAGAAGCAAGAGAAGUUAAAAGAAUAGAUCUUUCUCAUUCUAAGAAAAGCUUCCUUUUAUACCUUUAUGAUGCAGAUCGUGCUUCAUCCAAAAUUCAAGCACUUAUUAAGCAUUUGAGAAUACUUAAUUCACAGCACCCUGGUGAACAAGUAGUAGUAUUCUCGCAAUUCUCGUCUUAUUUGGAUAUCAUUGAGCGAGAGCUAAACACCCAAUGUGGAAACGACUUGAUUGUCUAUAAGUUCGAUGGAAGAUUGCAUAUGAAUGAGCGUAAGAAGAUAUUGGAAGAAUUUGCAAGCAAUAAAGUAAAGGAAAACUUAAGCUCCAAGACUACGGUACUUCUACUCUCGUUGAAAGCAGGAGGUGUAGGACUUAACUUAACUAGUGCGUCCAGAGCAUUUAUGAUGGAUCCUUGGUGGUCUCCAAGUGUGGAAGAUCAAGCUAUAGAUAGAAUUCACAGAAUUGGUCAGGUUGACAAUGUGAAAGUUGUCAGAUUCAUAAUGAAAGAUACCAUUGAAAAGAAGAUGCUUAAGAUUCAAGAGCGGAAAAAGCAAAUCGGUGAAGCUGUUGCGGAAGAAGAAGACGAAAAAGCGAAACGGAGGAUUGAAGAAAUUCAAAUGUUAUUCGAAGAGUAG